ACCGUCAACAUGCUCCUGCUACUAGCGUGCCUCUGUGUUGUGGGACAUAACGCACAUCGGUACAGCAGCAGCGGGAAGGAAUUCCUGGUUACAUUUCCAGAAAAUGUACUAAACCACAGCAGUCCAAGACCGCAGUGCAUCAUUAUAACGACCAUUCUCAAUACUACCUCUGUCCGUGUUACCAGUCUUUCUCAGAAAAUCAACUACACAAAUACCGUGAACAUCACCAGCGCUGAAGGAGGUUACAUUUGCCUGGAGCAAGGCAUCCAGUUGUCUGGGAGUGGGAUAACAGAUAGAGUGGUGCACGUCAUCUCUGAUAACGAUGUAAACGUUCUUGCUGCCGACUUUGGAAUUAACUCUAUUGAUAUCUACCUCGCACUACCAGUUGAUCAGUUCGGGUUUAGUUUCUAUGUCGUGACAUACCAGAGUCUUGGUGAUAAGACCCAGUUCUCAGUGAUAGCCUCUUCCGCCAAUACUGAAGUAAUCAUUGAGUUCCCUCCUGGCCUGACUACAUUAAGGUAUAAUAAUAUCACCAUUCGGAAUCCAACCAUAAUUAAUGUAACCCUACAAAAGCAUGAGGUUAUCCAGUUCCAAAAUGACAAAGACCUAACGGGCGUGUAUGUGUCCUCGAACGAACCAAUUGCUGUGAUAGCGGGAGCAAGAAAAUCCAAAUUGGACACUGAUAAAACCGCGGAUCAUCUUGUUGAACAAAUGACACCCGUUACUACAUGGGGAAAACACUUUAUUUCCAUUCUCUCCCCAGGAAAAGAUAACAAAGCAGAGGACCUGUAUCGCAUCCUCGCUAGCACACCAAACACAACUGUUCAUGUGGGUGGUUCAACUUACAGCCUAGAAAAAGAAGGGGACUGGUUCGAAACAAGGAUUUCUGCAACUGUUCCUGCUGAGAUCAAAUCAAAUGAAGCAAUACUGGUGGUCAAGUUUGUGACAUUUACAAAAAAUCGUGAUCCAUGUAUGACGAUUGUUGGUCCCAACAUUCAGUGGCAAUAUCAGUACAGCUUCAGCUUUCCUGACUCUGUCAAACAUGUGCCAGGAGGACGGCUAAUUAUCGUCAUUGACUCGUCCUUUAAGUCAAGCUUAAUGCUAAACUCACAAUCCCUAGAUAUUCAGAACUGGGUUGACGUUAAGGACACGAACCUGAUAUCUGGCUCUAUCUUUCUACCAAAAAAAUAUUACGUCAUACAAAGUGCCAGUUCUUCGUUUGCUGCAUAUAUUUAUCAGAAGAAUAAAACAUGUGGUGCAUUCUGUUCUGCAGCUGGAAUGGACCUUACUCCGAUUAAUGAGAAUUGGAUUCACUCAAGAGAAAACGUUACAGAUUGUAGUACAAGCCCAAUGUCGACAACAGCACCAUCUGCUGCGACAAAAACAACGAUCACGACAUCUGCAAGUCCUUCCACCACUGCAACUGCGUCUAGUGCAACCACAACGAUGACAACCCCAAGCCCGAUCACGACAUCUGCAAGUCCUUCCACCACUGCAACUGCGUCUAGUGCAACCACAACGAUGACAACCCCAAGCCCGAUGACGACAUCUGCAAGUCCUUCCACCACUGCAACUGCGUCUAGUGCAACCACAACGAUGACAACCCCAAGCCCGAUGACGACAUCUGCAAGUCCUUCCACCACUGCAACUGCGUCUAGUGCAACCACAACAAUGACAACCCCAAGCCCGAUCACGACAUCUGCAAGUACUUCCACCACUGCAACUGCAUCUACACCAACCACAACGAUGACAACCCCAAACCCGAUGACAACUACUACUAGUGCUACUUCUUUAAGUACCAAAGCUGAAACCACACCCACCAUUGAUACAACCCAACCCGCAUCAGGAACUGAUAGCUCAACGGUUGGUGGUAACGAAAACCCAGCAAACAAUUGUUCGCAGGGGGCAUACCAAGGUAUACAUCAAAAUAUCACCCAGCAGGAACUCGAGAUACUUGUGAAGCAUCUGCAAGCACACCUACGGAUCCUCCCCAACGGUACAUCCAAAGCAAUCAGGAGGAAGAUCAGUGCACCUGAUGACAGACCCUCGUCGAAGACGUUUGGGGUAACAGGCUGCACUUGCCUCUCUUUGUGUUUCGUGGUUCUGUUGCUGGCAGACAUUCCACGAAUAAUAAGGCAUCUUAGAGGAUGCAUCUGAUGUAUGUGUUUUGCGUAGGGAUCCAAGUUCUUUGUGGUUAAAGCGUCUGUCCUGCACAAUGCACACUGCUCCAUUACCAACAAUGGUCCAAAGUGUUAAGCCUCCUUCCUGCAUCUGAAGGUAGAGAAGGGUCACACAACAUAACAAAUCAUUGUCAUAACAUGAACUUGUCCUGGCCUGCGGGUAUCAUCUUAAAUGAAUAAUGUAAAUCCAUGAAUGUCAACAAUUAUUUGUUUUCUGAAUAUAUUUUGAUAUUAGGGAAUGUCCACAUACAGAAUCUAGCAUAAACCAAACACCCCAUGGACGUCAUGGAAAUCCUUUGCUGCAAGACAAGCCAUGUUUGUGACGAGUGCCACCAUUUAGCAGGAUAUGCUCAAUUGUUCACGAACACCAGUCAGCAUCACUAUUUGACAAUGAUAUCACAAAUAUUGGCUCAUGUUAUUUUCGGAAUCGUACAAUCGAAUCUUGUAUUAGGAAAGGGUUUCGUCGCUUAUAUUUACGAAUUACUACCAAACAGUUCUGGAACCAUACAUGUAUUUACCAUGUCUUUAUAUUAUGAUUCAACAACACAGACAAGGAAUGUUCAGGUAUUAUAGUUGCUCUGUGAUGAGAGAGCA